GGUUGCAGUGUGUGGUAGUAUUAUAUUCAGAGGGUGCAGUGUAUGAUAGUAUCAUAUUCAGAGGGUGCAGUGUGUGGUAGUAUUAUAUUCAGAGAGUGCAGUGUAUGAUAGUAUUAUAUUCAGAGGGUGCAGUGUGUGAUAGUAUUAUAUUCAGGGGUACAGUGUGUGGCAGUAUUAUAUUCAGGGGUACAGUGUGUGGCAGUAUUAUAUUCAGGGGUACAGUGUGUGGCAGUAUUAUAUUCAGGGGGUACAGUGUGUGGCAGUAUUAUAUUCAGGGGCCCAGUGUGUGGCAAUAUUAUAUUCAGGGGUACAGUGUGUGGCAGUAUUAUAUUCAGGGGUACAGUGUGUGGCAGUAUUAUAUUCAGGGGUACAGUGUGUGGCAGUAAUAUAUUCAGGGGGUACAGUGUGUGGCAAUAUUAUAUUCAGGGGGUACAGUGUGUGGCAGUAUUAUAUCCAGUGGUUACAGUGUGCAGCAGUAUUCAGGUUAUACAUCCUCCACACUUCAGUUGUUAGUUUGCUAUUGCCUUCAUGGCGCUGAGGCCGCUAGGUGUGCACCAAGCAUUAGCAUACAGCUUGGACCUUUACCGCAUGGCAGACCUGGAUAAGCGGACCCUCAUUAAAAAUAGGUGAGAACCCCUGGUCUAUAUAUAUUCCCUAUCUAUCUAUGUCAGUGUUUCCCAACCAGGGUGCCUCCAGCUAUUGCAAAACUACAACUCCCAGCAUGUUGGGGUGACACCAUUUUCUACCGCAACGGGUGACACAAACCCUAGCAACGCCACUGGCUGUGAGUACACAACGUGUGAGCUGCGGGGUCGCGAUCCACUGCAGGUCGGCACGAUGACGUCACAUCAUGGCGCCGGCGCCCGGAAAUCCCGUCCCCACUGGCAGCACAUACAAGGAUCAGAAUCGUAGUGAGGAGCCAUCUGGGCGUCAAGUUCUGCUGAGUGAACAUUUAGCUGGAACAAGUCCCGUGGAAUAUCUAGAUAAAUAUUACAGUAAUGAAGGACAGACGAACAUGGCUGAAAUGACGGCAGGCGGUACACCGUUUUCGCGAAAAAUAAAAAAAAUGCAAGAGUUCUUUGGCCUACAAGUUACUGGGAAACUGGAUUACUCAACCCUGGCCGUGAUGAAGAAACCACGCUGUGGGAUGCCAGAUGUGGCCUACUACCACGUCUUCCCAGGAGAGCCAAAGUGGAAAAAGACUACAUUAACUUACAGGAUUGAGAAGUAUACAAACACCAUGAGCAAGCUAGAUGUGGAUAGAGCCAUAGAUAUGGGUCUGAAAGCUUGGAGUGAUGCCGCACCUCUAUCCUUUGUGAAAACAAACCAGGGAGAGGCGGACAUUAUGAUUUCCUUUGAGUCUGGAGACCAUGGGGACUCUUAUCCAUUUGAUGGACCUCGGGGUACUUUGGCCCAUGCGUUUGCACCAGGUGAGGGUCUAGGAGGAGAUACUCACUUUGACAAUGCUGAAAGGUGGACAACAGGAACAAACGGAUUUAACCUCUUCACGGUAGCUGCUCAUGAAUUUGGGCAUGCUCUAGGGCUUGGACAUUCCAAUGACCCAUCAGCUUUGAUGUACCCAACAUACAAAUAUCAGCAUCCUUAUGGAUUCCGCCUGCCCAAGGAUGAUGUCAAAGGGAUCCAAUCACUAUAUGGGACCAAAGGCACCGGACAAAAACAUUCUGUAGUACCUGAUUCACCGAGCCCAGAUCACUGCCAUCCAAAUCUAUCUUUUGAUGCUGUUACAGCUAUAGGGAACGAACUUCUGUUUUUUAAAGACAGAUCUUUCUGGAGAAGACAGACCCAACUUGCCGCUAUAAGACCCAACUCCAUUGCAGCUUCCUUCCCACAGCUUAUGUCGAAUGUGGAUGCUGCCUAUGAGAUAGCUGAAAGAGGGACUGCAUAUUUUUUUAAAGGUCCCCAUUAUUGGGCAACAAGAGGACUCCAGAUUCAGGGACCUCCCCGUCUUAUUUAUGAUUUUGGAUUUCCCGGUACUGUACAGAAGAUCGAUGCCGCUGUUCACCUGAAGAAUUCGAGGAAGACUUUGUUCUUUGUCGGGGAAGAUUUCUACAGCUAUGAUGAGGCACAACUACUAAUGGACAGAGGAUACCCAAAAAGCAUUGAUGAUGAGUUUUCUGGGGUGGAAGGGAAUGUAGAUGCAGCAGUUGAAGUAAAUGGAUACAUUUACUUCUUUUCAGGACCAAUGGCUUACAAAUACGACCAAGAGAAAGAAGAUGUGGUCAGUGUUGUGAAAUCCGGAUCCUGGAUCGGCUGUUGAAAAUGAAAAAACGUUGGAUUCUUUUUGAAAGCUAAAAAUGUGGUCCUGGAGAUUAUGUAAACAUACCAUAUUGCAACUACUAAUGUCUGAACAAAUGUUAAGCAAAGCCCCCAGUUUGUAAAUACCUAAAACAUUGCAGCAAUGACUUUGUUGUUUUUAAAGAUUACUAAAUAUUCUGGAAAUGUUUUUGAAUAUGUUGUAAUAAAUGUCUAUGACAAACCAUUUCCUAAAA